AUGCAAAAGCAAGUGACUAAUAAGUGUGGCGGUAGCGGGUCGAAGCGCAGCACGCUAGACAUCGAAGGCAAGAUCGCGGAGUGGCGCGGGCGCAGCGCCCCGUCCGCGCCCCUCGCGUCCCCGCCGGGGCCCCAGGGAGCAGGCGGGGGCGGGGGCGGGGGCGGGGGCCCGGGGCUCCCGGGGGCGGGGACGGGAGGCCCCACCGUGGCGUCGCGCGCCCUGCUCGACGGCAGCGAGGUGGUGUGCCAGCUGGUGCCGUCCGCGCUCAUCGACGACCUCAAGACCAGGCUCGACGCCAAGGACGAAGACAACGAGUCCGGGAUACACGAGUCCGAGUAA